AUGUAUGCUCUUUGCUUCCACUCCCUUCCGCCUGGCUGUGGAAACUUUACAUCCUUCGAAGGAGCGUUGGGAGCACCAUUUUUAUUGGAGGACCCAUCAAACCAGUUCCUACAUCUCAAAAGACACAUAUAUUUUCAGGAUUACUGGAACCCAGAUCACAGUCUGAAUACAUGGGGAAACACACUGGCUGAUCAGGCUCAUGAAACAUGGACUGCUUUGAAAACAACAGCACAGUAUUAUCUGAAUGUGAAUACUUUCACCCUUGACACGUCCACUGCCCAGUAA